AUGUGGACCAGAUGCCUCCUCUUCCUCUCAACCUUGUUUGCUCCCAUUGCAAUCGCCUCUAGCCGUGCGCCCAUCCCUAUGGCAGUUGUGCGACGGGAGCUGUCGUGUGAAUCUUACCCCAUUGAACUCCGAUGCCCGGGGACGGAUGUCAUCAUGAUCGAGAGCGCCAACUACGGCCGCACAGACGACAAAAUCUGCGACUCGGACCCAGCGCAGAUGGAGAACACUCGAUGCUAUUUGCCCGAUGCCUACAAGAUCAUGUCGCUCAGAUGCAACAACCGUACCCAGUGUGCUGUGGUGGCCGGCCCUGAUGUUUUCCCAGAUCCUUGUCCUGGAACAUACAAGUACCUGGAGGUCCAGUAUGAAUGUGUUCCUUACAAGGUUGAACAAAAAGUGUUUCUCUGCCCUGGAAUUCUGCGAGGAGUAUACCAAAGUGAACAUCUCUUUGAGUCUGACCACCAAUCUGGCGCCUGGUGCAAGGACCCACUGCAGGCCUCAGACAAGAUUUACUACAUGCCCUGGACACCGUACCGCACAGACACACUGACUGAGUACUCAUCCAAGGAAGACUUCAUUGCAGGCCGGCCAACCACUACGUACAAACUGCCGCAUCGCGUUGACGGCACCGGCUUUGUCGUGUAUGACGGUGCGCUGUUUUUCAACAAAGAGCGCACGCGCAACAUUGUUAAAUUUGACCUCCGGACGCGCAUCAAAAGUGGUGAGGCCAUCAUUGCAAAUGCUAACUAUCAUGACACAUCCCCCUACCGCUGGGGCGGGAAGUCUGACAUCGACUUGGCAGUGGAUGAAAAUGGACUAUGGGUAAUCUAUGCAACUGAGCAAAACAACGGGCGUGUCGUGGUGAGCCAGCUAAAUCCUUACACCUUACGCAUCGAAGGCUCUUGGGACACCAGCUAUGACAAACGCUCCGCUUCCAAUGCCUUCAUGAUAUGCGGUGUCCUGUAUGUAGUCAAGACUGUCUACGAAGAUGAUGACAACGAAGGGACGGGGAACAAAAUUGACUACAUGUACAACACUGACAAGAGCAAGGAGACGAUCAUAAACAUACCGUUUCCAAACUCGUAUCAGUACAUCGCUGCAGUGGAUUACAACCCGAGAGACAACCUCCUCUACGUGUGGAAUAACUAUCAUGUGGUCAAAUACUCACUCGACUUCGGCAACAAUGACUUCCGCCCGCCCAUCAUCCCUCCUAACAGAGGAGGAGGGGGCACAAUCGGAGGAGGCUCCUCACCCUCAACCAGUCGUUCAACCACCACUCGCUCACCCCCCUACUAUACCACCCUGCGUCCUCUCCUCACGACACCAGGACAGCGCUACCGAACCACCACAACAGUUCGCCAGCCUAUCAUAAAUCUUGAUGGCGGUUCACCAUCGGACACCAAUCAGAUCCCAGACACCAACCGAAAAACUGGGGAACGUUACCCACCUGUGCAGGUCCCCCCAGCGGCACCACAGCCUCCAGUUAUGCCUCCCCAAGAUUUCUGUAGUUCCAGAGUGACGGCUGAUAUUUCAUGGCCCCGUACCCAGCAAGGCCAACUCGCCAAGCAGCCGUGCCCGGUUGGGACACUUGGCGUGGCCACGUACAUGUGCAUGGCCCAUCUGGGCUACUGGGAUCCUCAAGGCCCUGACCUCAGCAACUGCACGUCACCUUGGGUCAACCAUAUCAUGCAAAAGCUCCGGUCGGGUGAGACUGCAGCCAUUGUGGCCAGGGAGUUGGCAGAGCAGACCAAAGGGCUACUGCGUCCUGGCGACGUGCCUUCCACUGUGCGGGCCAUGGCCCAGCUGGUAGAACUGCUCGACGUGCAGCUCAGAAACCUUACACCCGGGGGCAAGGACAGUGCUGCUCGCAGCCUUACUAAGCUUCAGAAGAGAGAGAGGUCCUGCAGGUAUUUCACACAGGCCAUGGUGGAAACGGUGAAUAAUUUGCUGCAGCCGCGAGCCCAGACGGCAUGGAGAGAGCUGUCCACCAGCGAGCAGUUGCACUCGGCCACGCUGCUCCUCGAUACCGUGGAGACCGGCGCUUUUAUGUUAGCUGACAACCUCCUCAAAACCGACACUGUGCAGGAGACUACUGACAAUAUCCAACUGGAAGUGGCCAGGCUAAGCACGGAUGGGAGCCUCACCGAUUUGACAUUCCCUCAGUCUGAACUACACGGAAACUCCAUCCAGCUGUCAGCAAGCACUCUCAAACAGCACGGCAGAAACGGUGAGAUCAGGAUGGCCUUUGUCCUAUACAGGAACCUGGGUUCCUAUCUUUCCACUGAGAAUGCCAGUGUCAGACUGAGCAGCAAUGCAGUCUACCCCAACUAUUCGGUCAUUGUCAAUUCACCAGUCAUCACGGCUUCCAUCAACAAGGAAAGCAACAAGGUUUACCUGUCGGAACCCGUCAUCUUCACAGUCAAGCAUCUCCAGCAUUCCGAAGAGAACUUCAAUCCUAACUGUUCCUUCUGGAGCUACUCCAAGCGCACCAUGACAGGGUUUUGGUCUACGCAGGACUGUCGACUGUUAAACACCAAUCGUACCCACACCAGCUGCUCCUGCACUCACCUCACCAGCUUUGCCGUGCUUAUGGCCCAUGUCGAGGUCAAGAAAGCAGACAGUAUUCACGACCUGCUCUUGGAUGUAAUCACCUGGGUGGGCAUCCUCCUGUCCCUGGUCUGUUUGCUCAUUUGCAUCUUCACCUUCUGCUUUUUCCGCGGACUGCAAAGCGACCGCAAUACCAUCCAUAAGAACCUUUGCAUCAGCCUCUUCAUUGCAGAGUCGCUUUUCCUGGUUGGAAUCAACAGAGCAGAUCAGCCGAUUGCUUGUGCAGUCUUUGCGGCCCUGCUCCAUUUCUUCUUCUUGGCAGCCUUCACCUGGAUGUUCCUGGAAGGGGUGCAGCUAUACAUCAUGCUGGUGGAGGUGUUUGAGAGCGAACACUCCCGGACUAAGUACUUCUACCUGGCAGGAUACGGCGUGCCUGCUGUCAUAGUGGCCGUCUCUGCCACAGUGGACUACAGCAGCUACGGCACUGACCGAGUGUGCUGGCUGCGACUGGAUACAUACUUUAUCUGGAGCUUUAUAGGCCCUGCUACACUCAUCAUAAUGCUCAAUGUAAUCUUCCUUGGCAUUGCUCUUUAUAAGAUGUUUCACCAUACAGCCAUCCUCAAACCCGAUUCUGGAUGUCUGGACAACAUCAAGUCUUGGGUGAUCGGGGCUAUAGCCCUCCUCUGUCUGUUGGGCCUUACCUGGGCUUUUGGUCUGAUGUACAUCAAUGAAAGCACAGUCAUCAUGGCUUAUCUUUUCACCAUCUUCAACUCGCUGCAGGGCAUGUUCAUCUUUAUCUUCCACUGUAUUCUUCAGAAAAAGGUACGCAAAGAGUACGGCAAGUGUCUGCGUACUCACUGCUGUAGUGGUAAAAGCGUGGAGACUUCCAUCUCUUCCUCAAAGACCACCACCUCUCGGACACCUGGCCGCUAUUCCACAGGCUCACAGAGUCGAAUCAGGCGGAUGUGGAAUGACACCGUGAGGAAACAGGAGUCUUCCUUCAUCACAGGAGACAUAAACAGCUCCGCCACGCUUAACAGAGGAACCAUGGCUAAUCAUCUUAUAACUAAUGCUCUCCUUCGUCCCCAUGGUACUAACAAUCCUUAUAACACUCUCCUGGGGGACUCUGCAGUCUAUAACAACCCUGCUGCGGGCAUGUACAACACCCAAGCAUCUUACCGAGACGCAAAAGGCAUCCUGAACAAUGCAAGAGAUUCCAGUGUUAUGGACACACUCCCCCUUAAUGGUAACCAUGGCAACAACUACAACAUGGCCAGCAGCGAAUACUUGAGUGACUGUGUGCAAAUUUUAGACCGGAGCGGCGGCUACGGCACCCAUAGCAACCAUAAAGAAACUACCCUGGAAAAAAAGAUCUUGAAGGAACUCACCUCCAAUUACAUCCCCUCUUAUCUCAACAACCACGAAAGGGUCACCAGCGAACGCAGUCACAACUUGAUGAACAAACUGGUCAACAGCAGCAUGGCCAACGGAGACGACGGUAGCCCAAUGGUGCUGGACAACCCGUCGGCGUUCCCCCACGAGGAGAACCUCGGUCUGGAAAUAAUCCGAGAGGAAUCCAACGCACCUCUCCUGCCACCGCGCCCCCCUCCUCCCGACAGCCACCCGCCACCACCUCCUCCGCACAAUUACUCAAGGCCGCGCCGCAUCCCACAGGAGGCCAGCGAGAGCUUCUUCCCGCUGCUGACCAAUGAGCAUACUGACGAGCACACUCACUCCCCCAACCACAGAGACUCGCUGUACACCAGCAUGCCGGUUCUCACGGACAUCCCGGAUGGCCAGAUGAACGGCUUGACAGAUGGCGAGGAAGACGGCUCCAGCGAACUGCAGCCCUGUAAGAGUGCCACAGCUCCUGAGUUAGAUGACGUGUACUACAAGAGCAUGCCGAACCUGGGUUCCCGGAACCACCUUCACGAGCUUCAGAGCUACUAUCAUAUGGGCCGUGGAGGUAGCGAUGGAUACGUGGUGUCCGGCAGCAAGGAGGAGUCUGACUCCUCGCCCGAGGAGCCCCCUGUAGACCCUUCCCACCUGGUCACCAGUCUAUAA